AGCAACGAUCUUUUUUUGUUGUUUCUUAACGAAGAGUGCUUUGCAUGAAUAGAAGACGCAUCGUGGCACAACACGUUGACGCAGGAAAGCUUAGCCCAACAUAAGCUGACCUGUGCACCGUCACUAUUCGCGCCUUGUAGUUUGUUUCACCUCCUUUAAAUAGUAGUAGUGUUUCUUAACUAACCAAUCGGUUGACGUGCCGCUCGUGGUUUUCUGUUGUCUGGUGUCUGUGUUUACGUGGGAGCGCGCUGCACAGACAACAUAACGAAGAAGAGCGGAGCAGCUAGCGCAUUUGGAAAACAAAAAUAGCGGUUGUGUAGAAGAGCGGGUCUGAUUGCUCACGGUGCCGUGUGUCCAAAGGAACGAGGUACCAUCAGCAUCCACGACGCCGUCUCCUUUUGGGUGGUAUUGCCCUUUUUUUCCCUUAACUGCGUCUUUUCCGUAACUUGACGAACCGUUUGGGUCUCACGGACACUCGACGUGCAUUUGGCUGCCGUAAUUUCUCUUUGAUUAGCGCCGAAGCGGCUUUUUCUUUUUGGUUGUUGUUGUUGGAUUCUUUCUCCUUCUCCUUUUGGGUCGACGACGGUGUUCGUGACUUCGGGAACACACACACACAAAACGAACUGGCUGCAACGCACAGAAGAAGAAAGUGUUGACGACGCGGCAGGAGACUGUAAUUGGACGGGGAUUGCGUACAUACAUACACACACACGAGCGAAGGCAACACCAUCAAACGAACGGAAAGUAUACCCAAACGACUGAGAGCUGAGUAAAAGCAAAAAAAACAAACAAAUGUUUCGUGUGUUCUCCGGCAGCUGCAUGUCCCUUGAGGACAUGGACACGGUGCUGCGACCAAAUCUAGUGGAGCACCCCCACGUCCUAGGCCCUGGUGCCGACUUCUUCACGGAAGCCGGUGAGCCGGUGCGUCCGCAACCGUGCGCGCAAACGUUUCAGAAGGUCUUCUCUGGAAGCGCGUUAGACCUCAACGCGGGCAAUGCCGACCUCUCCGACGAAGAGGCAGGCGUGACGAGCCCGGUGGGGCAGCCACAGCGCAUCAUACCUCCUAGCAGCAUCCUCAAUCAGAUCUCCUCUGAAAACGAGAAGGAGAAGGCGCGUGCGGCGAAGAUGAAGAUCCACGUGUUGGUGAUUGGCGAGAGCGGAUACUUAGCGAGUCACGUCGUCACGAGGCUGCUCGAUGCGGGGUACAGCGUGCGCAUGACGGUGCCGGACGCGGCGCGGCAUCAGAAGCUGAUGGACCUCUACAGCGCCAACCGGGAUGUCGCGCAGCGCCUGGCGAUCGUCCUUGCGGACGUCACCAACUCCAACUCCCUGCGUGAUGUGAUUCGCGGCUGCCGCUACAUCAUUCACUGCGGCUGCUCUAGUGCCUCCUCGCAAGCAAAGGACCCCGUCGGCCUCUACACAAAGGCGGUUCGUGCACUGUUCGACGGCAUUCGACUCUCCGGUAAGUCAACGGUGAAACGUGUUGUGCUGACCGGUGCGGCGUCCUCGGUAAUGCACAUCACGGAGCCCGAGCCACCGUCCGGCCUCUUCGACGAGAACAGCUGGAACGGCGUCGCCACGGCCGAGGCGGAUCCGCUGCCCUACGCGAAGCUGGUCUUUGAGCGGGAGGCGUGGCGGCUGCGAAAGAUGAUGGGCGUGGAGUUGGUUGUGCUGCUGCCCUCCAUCUCUAUCGGCCCCAGCCUGACGGACGAGACAAGUGAGGCAAUGGUGACGAUUGAGGGCCUCGCAAACUCGUCCAAGCUGUUCCCCUUCUGCCCCAACCUUAGCUGGAACUUUGUCGACGUCCGCGAUGUCGCCGAGGCGCACGUGCGCGCGUUGGAGGUGCCCGAGGUGCGCGACCACCGCAUCAUCAUCUCGAACGAGUGCGUAAGUCUGCCGGAGCUGUGCCGCACAAUGAAGGAACUCUACCCGCAGCUCACACCGCCGACGCACACCGCCUGGACGGUGGUUACUCUCGCCAUCGCCUCGGUGGUGCUGUGGAACAGCGUGAACAUGCGUUUCCUGUGGCGCAGCCUGGGCGUGCGCAAGCGCCUCGAUAACCGUCGCGCCCGGGAGGAGCUCGGUGUCGUCUUCACACCGAUGCGUCAAACCUUGGGCGACUGCUUUGAUCAGAUGACGCGCACCGCGCAGGCGCAGCAGACGGCGACGGCGAAUGCGCAGAAGACGGGCAAUGGUACUACCGCUGCUGCUGGCGCGUUGCCUUCCCGAUUUGUAAGCACGAAGGUCGUGGUGUCACUGAUCACCGUUGCCGCCAUCGGUGCUGGUGUUGUUCGUUACGUGAAAAGGCGGCACUGA